AUGGGUGCUGUACUUGCGCCAUUAGUCUACAUGGGUGGGCCAGUGCUAAUGAGGGCGGCAUGGUACACUGCUGGUAUUGUUGGCGGCCUUUCUGCAACCGCUAUCACUGCACCAUCUGAGAAGUUCUUAAUGAUGUCGGGUCCUCUUGCCAUGGGACUGGGUGUUGUGUUUGUCGCUAACAUCGGAACUUUCUUCUUCCAUCCAGGAAGUGCUCUCGGAGCUGGAUUGAUGUCGAUUGUGAUGUACGGCGGUCUAAUUCUCUUCUCUGCAUUUUUGCUGCAUGAUACACAACGAGUUGUCCAGCAUGCUCAAAUCUAUCCGCGUCGCGAGGAUAUGUAUGGAAUGCAACCGAUCAGAAGUUAUGAUCCUAUCAACGCGUUAGUUUAUUUUAACUGUCGCUCAUUUGUUUAA